ACGGAUUUGCGUGGGACAAUGAGCUCGGUGGCGGUUCUUACCCAGGAAAGCUUUGAUGAGCAUCGCAGUGGGCUGACCCAACCAGCGGUCAGAGUGGCAACCAUCGGAUCAGAGGAGGAAAGUGAUCCCCCCACUUACAAAGAUGCAUUCCCACCCCUCCCAGAAAAGGCAGUUAGCAGUGAGACCACUUCUGAACCUGCAGGUGCAUGGAGCAAGAUCCGGCCUAUCAAGUCUUCCGUUAUCACUCAGGUGUUCCAUGUCCCUCUAGAAGAACGCAGGUACAAAGACAUGGCUCAGUUUGGGGAGGGUGAGCAGGCAAAGAUUUGUUUGGACAUCAUGCAGAAGACUGGGGCUCAGUUGGAGCUUUCUCUGGCCAAAGACCAAGGCUUAUCCAUCAUGGUUUCUGGAAAACUUGAUUCUGUUAUGAAGGCGAGAAAGGAAAUAGUGACCCGGCUGCAGACACAGGCUUCAGCUUCAGUUGCUAUCCCGAAGGAACACCACCGUUUUGUGAUCGGUAAGAACGGAGAGAAGUUGCAGGACCUGGAAUUGAAAACCGCUACCAAGAUUCAAAUCCCCCGGCCCGAGGAUGCCAGUAACCAGAUUAAGAUCACUGGCACCAAAGAGGGCAUUGAAAAAGCCCGGCAUGAGAUUCUGCUCAUCUCAGCCGAGCAGGAUAAACGAGCAGUGGAACGCUUAGAAAUCGAAAAGGCCUACCACCCUUUCAUUGCUGGAUCGUACAACAAGACCGUUAAUGAGAUCAUGCAUGAAACUGGAACAAGAAUUAACAUCCCACCACCAAGUGUCAACAAGACUGAGAUUGUGUGCACUGGAGAGAAGGAUCAGUUAGCCCAAGCAGUAGCAAAAAUCCGGCAAAUUUAUGAAGAGAAGAAGAAGAAAACCACCAGCAUUGCUGUGGAAGUGAGGAAGUCUCAACACAAGUAUGUCAUUGGUCCAAAGGGCAAUAGCUUGCAGGAGAUCCUGGAGCGCACUGGAGUUUCUGUGGAAAUUCCACCCAGUGAUAGCAGUUCAGAGACUGUCAUCUUGCGGGGAGAACCUGAGAAACUGGGCCAGGCAUUGACAGAAGUGUAUGCAAAGGCUAACAGCUUUACAGUGGCUUCGGUCUCUGCUCCAUCCUGGUUGCAUCGGUUCAUUAUUGGCAAAAAAGGACAGAACUUGGCAAAGAUCACACAGCAGAUACCAAAGGUGCACAUUGAGUUUACAGAAGGGGAAGACAAGAUCUCACUGGAGGGUCCCACAGAAGAUGUUGCAGUUGCCCAACAGCAGAUGGAAGUGCUUGUCAGUGACCUGAUCUCUCGAAUGGAUUUUGCAGAGAUAAGCAUUGAUCAUCGAUUUCACAGGCAUCUCAUUGGAAAGAGCGGAACAAACAUUAACAGGAUCAAAGAACAAUACAAAGUAUCAGUGCGUAUUCCCCAGGACAGUGAAAAGAGCAAUACAAUCCGGAUUGAAGGUGAUCCACAAGGUGUACAGCAAGCGAAGAAAGAGUUGCUGGAGCUGGCAUUACGAAUGGAAAAUGAGCGCACAAAGGACUUGAUAAUUGAUCAGAAGUUCCAUCGUACAAUAAUUGGUCAGAAGGGUGAAAGAAUUCGGGAGAUCCGAGAGAAAUUCCCAGAUGUGAUCAUUAAUUUCCCAGAUCCAACUCACAAGAGUGACAUUGUACAGCUGCGCGGGCCUAAGAACGAGGUGGAGAAGUGUACCAAGUAUCUGCAGAAAAUGGUGUCAGAGAUGGUAGAAAACAGUUACACCAUCUCUGUGCCGAUCUUUAAGCAAUUUCACAAGAACAUUAUUGGAAAGGGUGGUGCUAACAUCAAGAAGAUUCGUGAAGAAUGUAACACUAAGAUUGACCUCCCGGCUGAGAACAGUAACUCAGAAAUGAUUGUCAUCACCGGGAAGAGAAUCAACUGUGAGGCUGCACGUGAUAGAAUACUGGCUAUCCAGAAGGAACUGGCAAACAUUACAGAACUGGAGGUCAGUAUUCCAUCAAAAUUGCACAACUCACUAAUUGGAGCCAAGGGACGCUUCAUAAGAUCCAUCAUGGAAGAGUGCGGAGGUGUACAUAUUCACUUCCCAAGUGAGGGCUCUGGCAGUGAUACAGUCACCAUCCGAGGACCAGCUCAGGAUGUAGAGAGAGCAAAGAAGCAGCUGCUGCAGCUGGCAGAGGAGAAGCAAACAAAGAGCUUUACUGCAGAGUUACGAGCAAAGCCAGAAUACCACAAAUUCCUGAUUGGUAAAGGUGGUGGAAACAUCCGUAAAGUACGGGACAUGACAGGAGCCCGUAUAAUUUUUCCCACUGCUGAGGAUAAAGACCAGCAGCUCAUCACUAUUGUGGGUACAGAGGAGGCAGUGAAGGAUGCUCAGAAGGAACUUGAGCUUCUCAUCAAAAGCUUGGAUAAUGUUGUAGAAGAUUACAUGGCUGUGGAUCCUAAGCACCAUCGUCACUUUGUGAUCCGGAGAGGGCAAGUGUUGCGUGAGAUCGCUGAAGAAUAUGGUGGUGUAACUGUCAGCUUUCCUCGCUCUGGUGUGCAGAGUGAUCGUGUUACCCUGAAAGGUGCAAAGGAGUGCGUUGAAGCUGCAAAGAAGAAGAUCCUUGACAUUAUCGAGGAUUUGGAGGCUCAAGUCACCAUUGAGUGCAUGAUUCCUCAAAGGUUCCAUCGCUCUAUAAUGGGACCUAAAGGAUCUAGAAUCCAGCAGAUCACCAGAGAACAUGGUGUGCAGAUUAAAUUUCCUGACCGUGAGGAGAACCCUCAGCCCAAUGCCGAGUCACCAGCACAAGAGAAUGGCGAGGAAGGGAUAGAGGCUAAAGUUGCUGCUGAGCCUGGCUCUCCUAAGAAGUGUGACAUCAUAUUGAUAUCUGGCCGGAAGGAGAGAUGUGAAUCAGCCAACGAAGCACUAAAAGCUCUUGUACCUGUCAGUAUUGAAGUAGAGGUCCCAUACGAUCUUCAUCGUUACAUCAUUGGACAGAAAGGGUCUGGUAUUCGUAAGAUGAUGGAUGAAUUUGAGGUGAACAUCCAAGUGCCCGCUCCUGAACUCCAGUCUGACACCAUCAUCAUCACUGGGCUUUCCAGCAACCUAGAGCGAGCUAAAGCUGGACUUCAAGACAGAGUGAAGGAACUUCAGGCUGAGCAGGAGGAUCGGGCUUUGAGAAGCUUUAAACUGGUUAUUACUGUCGACCCCAAAUUUCAUCCCAAGAUCAUUGGUCGUAAGGGUGCAGUUAUCAGCCAGAUUCGCACUGAGCAUGAUGUCAACAUCCAGUUUCCAGACAAAAAUGAUGAAAACCAGUUCCAGGAACAGAUCACAAUCACAGGUUAUGAGAGAAACACAGAGUCUGCUAAAGAGGCAAUCCUGCAAAUUGUUGGUGAUUUAGAACAGAUGGUGUCUGAAGACAUUACUUUGGACCACCGUGUUCAUGCCCGCAUUAUCGGGGCCAGAGGGAAAGCCAUACGCAAAAUUAUGGAUGAAUUUAAGGUGGAUAUUCGUUUCCCUCAGACUGGUGCCCCUGAUCCCAACUGUGUGACUGUAAUGGGCAAACCUGAGGAUGUAGAUGAAGCCAUUGAUCACUUGCUGAAUUUAGAGGAGGAGUAUAUGGCUGACGUAGUGGAGAAUGAAGUGAUGCAGUCAUACAUGAAGCCCCACACUCAGGAAGAGUCCAAGCCCCAGCCAUCCAAGGGCUUUGUGGUGCGUGAUGCCCCCUGGGCAUCUGUAGGCAACAAUGAGAAGGCUCCUGACAUGACCAGCUCGGAGGAUUUUCCCAGUUUUGGGGCUCCGGUCCCCCCUAAAACAUCUCCAUGGGGCCCCAAGAGACACGGCGGUGGAAAGGGCCUGAUGCCUGCUGACAUGUCUGCUUCCUGUUAA